AUGGCCGCCAAUCCUCCGAGAUCCAAUCCCGCCCCUAGCGGUUCGCUGGCAGUUCCCAGCGUCGCCGCCGCAAGCAGCAUCAUGCAAGGCGGCGUCAACAACCUGGCAACCCUGUCCAGCAGUUAUCUCGACCGCUUCUUCCCGCCGCGGCAACGCCAACAAUGGAAAGCCUGGCUGUUGGCCUUCGCCACGGACCGACCGUACCUCGCAAGUUUCCUGCUCAGUCAAACCGCCAUCAGCGGCCUCCCACUCCUCCUCUUCGGACUGAUGACCGUCACGGUCUUCAUCUUCUCCCUGCUUGCCGGAGUACUCGUUGUUCUGCUCGGGGCGUUGUUGUUUGUAACGGCUGCGGCGGGAUUUUCCUUGAUCAUUCUCUUGCCGACGCUGUUCUUCACCACCGGCGUGGGCGUCUUUGUCUGGCUUUGCGGCAUUGGUUUGUAUUUUGUCUUCAAAUGGGUCAACGACAAGGACUCUUCGGGUCCUCGUGAGGUUCCGGCAGCGGUCGUCCCCGUCCCCGUUCCCGUGAAACCUGUUGGCCCUGGCAAUGCGCAAAGCGUUAACGGGACUCCCGCUGGUGGACCACCCAGACCGAGUGGCCCGAACAAUUCUCAGGGCGUCAAUGGAACUCCAUCCGGCGGCCCGACGAGGCCUCCAGCUCCUAGCAAUGCCCAGGGCGGCAACGGGCCUUCAGCCGGUGGGCCGCCUAGACCAAGUGGUCCUCCCAAUCCGCAAGGUCCUAACGGCAAUCCAGCUGGCGGACCGCCCAGGCCGAGCGGCCCUCCCAAUCCUCAAGGCAUGAAUGGAGCUCCGGGCGGUGGAGCACCCAGACCCAACGGCCCUCCCAAUCCUCAGGGAGUCAAUGGGAAUCCACAGGCCGGUCCCAGACCUGGCCCCAGCCCCAGCCCGAACCCGAACAUGGCACAGAGACCUCCUCCGAGUAACGGGCCCCCGUCACAGGCACAGCCCCGACCGAAUGGACCGACACCCAUGAACAGCGCCAACAACGUUAAUGGCGUCAAUGGUGUUAACGGUGCCAACGGUGUCACCAACCCUCCCAACAACUCUCCUCCGCCCAGUAACCCCAACAACAACAACCUCAACCCAGGCACUGCGAAUGGCAUGCCCAUGCCCAAUUCCCCUCCCCAGAGAAAACCCGUCGCCAGCAGACCUCAAUCAGUGAGCCCGGGACCUCCACAACCAGCACAAGCACCAGCACAAGCACCAGCCCCCGCUCAAGCACAGGCACCGGCACCGGCACCAGUGCAGGGCAUGCAACAGGCUGUUCCUGCCCCUGCCCCUGCUCCUCUUCCGGCUCCGGUCCCCUUGCCCGUUGCGGUGGCCAAUGCAAUGGCCGAACCGCUCGAGGAGUAG